GCCGGGAGGGAAUCCCAAUCCACCUCACAGGGUCAGUCACUGCUCACCAGGCAGAGCAGAGCGAAGCCGAAGGUUGAAGAAAGAAGUAGAACGAGGAGGAGGAGAAAAUGAGCGUCACCGGAGCUGGGAAGAUCGUGUGCGUGACCGGAGCUUCAGGGUACAUAGCUUCAUGGCUUGUCAAGCUCCUCCUCCAGCGCGGCUACACCGUCAAGGCCUCCGUUCGCGACCCAAAUGAUCCACGAAAAACUGAGCAUCUAUUUUCUCUUGACGGGGCUAAGGAGAGACUUCAACUAUAUAAAGCAAACCUGUUGGAGGAAGGCUCUUUUGAUCCUAUCGUUGAUGGGUGCGCCGGUGUUUUCCAUACUGCCUCUCCCUUUUAUCAUGAUGUCAAGGAUCCAGAGGCAGAAUUGAUUGAUCCUGCUCUGAAGGGAACUCUCAAUGUGCUAAAGUCGUGUGCAAAAGUGUCUUCCAUCCAGCGAGUGGUCUUAACUUCAUCAGUUGCUGCAGUAGCAUACAAUGGAAAACCUCGAACACCUGAUGUUGUGGUGGAUGAGACUUGGUUUUCUUCUCCAGAAUUUUGCAGGGAAAACAAGAUGUGGUAUGUCCUCUCAAAGACUUUAGCUGAGGAUGCUGCCUGGAAAUUCGUUAAAGAGAAGGGCAUUGACAUGGUUGCGAUUAACCCUGCUAUGGUGAUCGGUCCUCUUCUACAGCCAACGCUGAACACAAGUGCUGCUGCGAUCCUGAAUAUAAUCAAUGGAGCAGAAACUUUCCCGAACGCAAGUUUUGGAUGGGUCAAUGUGAAAGAUGUUGCUAAUGCUCAUGUUCAGGCAUUUGAGAUCCCAUCUGCAAGUGGAAGGCACUGCUUAGUUGAGAGAGUCGCCCACUACUCUGAAGUUGUGAAGAUCCUUCGCGAACUAUACCCUCAAAUCAAGCUCCCAGAAAAGUGUGCGGAUGAUAAGCCUUUCGUCCCGACCUAUCAGGUCUCCAAGGAAAAGGCGAAAAGUCUGGGGAUAGAUUACAUCCCAUUGGAACAGGGUAUCAAGGAGACUGUCGAAAGCUUGAAGGAGAAGGGCUUUGCAACUUUUUGAGAGACUGAAGAGAGAGUCUCCUGAACGUGUGCUUAUCUCCCUAAAUAAUAAACGCAAGACACGCUGUUCCUUCCAGUCGUGUUUGUGCCGUUCGUUACCUAUUUUGAAGGGUCAGAUUAUCCGGCUUCUCUAUUCUCAGUUCGAAACAUUAUCAUAUUAAUGGCAUGGUUAUUUAUUAAUAUUGUUCCUCCA